UAUUUAACGUUUUAGGUUUUCUGUUUUUACAAUAUUUUAAUGACAUAAUGACGUGUCUUUCAUGAUGCAACAAGUUAAGGGGAAUCGGUCAGAUAGCAUAGAAUAAAUGGCCAAAAUGCGGCAUCAUCACCAUCAUCGUCGAGCACAAGAGUUAGAACGUGUAGUCAGUGACCACAUUCAAGGGAGGGGAAAAGAAAAGAAAAAUAAGGAACACCAUGGUGAUAAAGAAUUUAAUGAUUACCAGAAACAACAUACAAAGAGAGAGAGAUAUGAUCAGAGAGAAUGGUAUUCUAGUGAUGACCAAAUUCAUCAUCAUUCUGAGAAAGAUAGAAAUAAUAAAAGGGAUGUUGUAAAGCGAGAGAGCGAUAUUGAUGAUCUGGAAGAAAGGAAGAGAAAAAGACAUAAAGGGGAAAACGAACAAAAGUAUCAUACUCAAAAAAGAGACAAACAUGGAACCGAUGGUGACGUAUACAGUAGAAACACGGACAGAGAGAAGCUGGACCCCUUUCAACACAGUAGAAGGACCAGAAACGAAGUUUAUGAUCCCAACCGACAAAUCAAGCAGGAACCAGAAGAUGAAGAUGACGACUACUAUGCUCGAAGAAGAAAUGACAGACGUAGAAUUGAAGAUAGAAAACGGAAAUCGGAAGAAGGACAUAAGUGGGGAAAACAGGACAAUGAGAGAAAUGUUUCUACAAAUGUAAAAAAAGAAAAACCCAACUUUGGACUGUCAGGAAAAUUGGCUGAAGAUACCAACACUUAUAACGGCAUUGUAGUCAAGUACAACGAGCCGUCUGAAGCUAGAAAGCCGAAGAAGAGGUGGCGUUUGUAUCCAUUCAAAGGAGACCAGUCUUUACCACAUAUUGCUCUUCAUCGCCAGAGUGCUUUUCUCUUUGGAAGGUCUCGUCUUGUGGCCGACAUUCCUACGGAUCAUCCUUCUUGCUCCAAGCAACAAGCGGUGCUUCAGUUCAGGUUAGUGGACUUUGAGAGGGAGGAUGGAACUGUUGGAAAAAGAAUUCGACCCUACAUUAUUGACUUGGACUCUGCCAAUGGAACCUUUGUAAACAACAAUAAAAUUGAACCUCGAAGGUACGUAGAAUUAAUGGAGAAAGAUGUUAUCAAAUUUGGGUUCAGCACAAGAGAGUACGUUCUCGUCCACGAACAGUCAAAAGAUGAAGGGAAUAUAGAGGAGGAACUCAGCUAGGAAGAUGUUCGAUACAUCUCUGUAAAUAUGGAUGUGAUAAUAGUGUAGUAUUUUGAUGGUACAGUUAUCUUUCUAUUUGUGCUGUAAAAUGAACUCAAUAUUUAACGUAUUGUUUCUAAUUAUUUCUUUGGAACUGGGUUACAUGAAAGUUAUCAAAAGUAUCAUGUAAGUUGGUAAAUCAGAUGUCCACACCUCAGAAGAGAAACGGUUAUUACUAUAAGUUACUUUGUUCUUUGGUUUAAAAAUAAAAUCACACAUUUCCACAUUUAUACAAAAAUUUAAUAUAUGUGUGUGUAUUUACAAGA